GUGACGGUUCCCCACCAUGAACCCCGUCAUGAGCGACAGAACGGAGGAAGAGUCGAUCGUUAUAAUGGAGACAUCGUCAUUCGCUCAGGUAGUUUUUAACGACGUUCCUCCGUCAUACCCGCCGAACACUGCCGUGACCUGCCGGUUCACACUCACUGGAGACCUGCAGCCCAACCCCAGGGACUGGAUCGGUAUCUACAAAGUUGGUUGGAAUUCAGCACAACAAUAUUAUAACUAUGUUUGGGUGGAAGCCCCUCACCUGGACCAAGCUGAACCUGAACAAGUGAUUUUCAAAGAGAGCUAUCUGCCCAAGGAAGAUGGGGAGUUUUACCAGUUCUGCUAUGUAGACAGCAGUGGGCAUGUCAAAGGAGCCAGCACUCCAUUCUGCUUUCAAAACCCAGAAGCAAGCCUGGACUGCAGUCUGGAGAAGGACCUGCUGGUCAUAACAACACAGGAGCAGGCAGAGAUAAUGGAGAAAGAGAAAGAAGACUUUCUGAAGGAGAUCGAGUCCUUGAAAGAAACAAAUACAAUCCUGAGAAAUGAGUUGGAUGAAAGACUGCAUGAGUUGAGCCGACUCAGGAGUGCCAUGGAGGAUUUGAGAUCAAAGGAUAAACCGGAAACACCACUGCCAGAUGAACAGAGUUAUAAUACCAUCGAAGAGUCACUGACUCCUCUUCAAGAAAAGUAUGAGAAAGCUGUUCAAAAGAUCUUUGUGCUGAAGAAAGAGAGAACUGAGUUACAGCAACAGCUUGAAAUCCAGGACACUGAAAACCUUCAACUGAGUACCUUGUUGAAAGAAAUGGAACAAAAUUACAGCAAAGUACAGGACCAGGCCAAGCUGUUACAGCUGGAUGUGCAAAGCAGCAGAAAAGACAAUGAGAAGCUCCAGAUGGAAAUCCAGGAGCUCAGGAAAGACUGCAGGGCUGAAAACAAAGCGCUACAAACAUCCAUGUCAGAGCAAGUAGCCCAAGAAAACAACAAAGUACAGAUCCAGGCCCUGCUCACUCAGCUGACCGAGGCCAGAGGGCUGCUUCGAACAGAAGUUCAGACCUGUAAAGAAGCCUGCAGACGUGCAGAAGGAGCGGAGCAGGAACUGAGGGAGCUGAAGAAGAAGCAGGAGGAGAUGAGCCAGAAACAGGCCGAGGACGAGGAAACCAGUCAAAUCCAGACACAACUUCAACAGGCGCAAAACAAAGUCUACGAAUUGGCAGAGACAUCGAGAUUAGAGCGAGAGAAGCUUGUGGAAAGGAAUGAGGAGUUGCAGGAUGAAGUAAAUCAACUUCGUCGGACAUUGUUCGACUACCAGGUCGCAUCUGUUGCCGCGAUGUCUGAUCAGAUUUCCAGUCCUCAACCUCAAAGUCCACCAGCCUCCGCUGAAAACUUUGAGGACAUUGAUGAACUGACAGCAAAUCCUGCACAAACAGACACACAGGCUAGAGUGUGCCAGCACUGUCAGGAGAGUUUUCCUGGCAUCAGCGAGGAUGAACUGGCACAACACGAACAGUGUCACAAAGUGUGCCCGUUCUGCACUCUGAUCUGUGAUGACUGGCAACAGCAGGAGUUUGAAGAUCAUGUCUACAGUCAUGCGGAUUAGCUUACUCUGUUUCUGACAAUAGGGGUGUGCGAUGUUUAUCACUGACGAUAUUAGCGUUGCGUGCGAGCUGAUGCUACUUAGGAGAUGAAUCACUUUAUAACAAACAAAGUUACAUUUUGAGAGUCUUAAAGCAUUCGCUGAUGCAUUUUACUAGAUUGCAACUAGAAUGAGCAUCAUUUUUAAAAGCAAAAGAAAUCCCUGUUUGGGUUUCUUUUUAGUUCAUAUCACUUUUUAAAUAAUAGCACAAAAGCAAGAGUGAAAAUACAAUAUUCAGUGUUAAGACGCAGUAAAAAAACAGCUCUUUUCAGCAGGAUUGCCAGGUUUCUGCAACAAAACCAACCCAUAAAUAGCCCCAUAAUAUCAAAGCUCAAAAUAUGCCACCACCCAUGUGUUAACUGCACAUAUUUCCACCCUUUUUAUUAUAAACGGUUUCUUCUUUAAAAAUAACUUUGUAUUAGUAACUAUAAAGAUUCUGUUCUCAUAAAAUAAGAUUUAAAUUGACAGCACAGCUGGCCUUGUGAUAUACAUUCAUUCUAUUAAUGAAAUUGUAAAUUGACUGACUUUCUUUUGUAAAUUACAUAUACAAAAUUGUGCUGUUUUAUCACCCCAGCACUGCUUUUAGCAUUGGUUAAAUCCAAAUUUGGUAGAGUUCAAUAUUUGAUAACACUUUAUAAUGGUCCAUUAGUUAAUGUAUUUACUAACAUGAAUAAACUAGUAGUAAUACAUUUAUUACGGUUAUUUAUUCAUCUUUGUUAACCUUAGGUAAUGUUAUUUAAGUUAAACAAAAUUAGGUUAGUUUAUAGAAACUCAUGUGCAUUAAUGUUAGCAAGCACAACUUUUGAUUUUAUAAUGCAUUACUUAAUAUUGAUCUACGAUUAAUGAAUGCUUUACAAGAUUAUUCAUGCUUGGUUAAUGUUAGUAUACACAUUAACUAAUGGAGCUUUAUUCUAAAGUGCAACCAAAUAUUUCAAUACUAGCCUAUUAAUGUAAUCGAUGCAAGAUGUCGACCCUGCUACUCACCCCAUUGACUUCCAUUCAUAUGCACACAAAUUUUAUUCGGCAAUAGAAAUUCAUUCCAAACAAAGCAUAAGAGAAAACCUGAGCAACACUGUGUGGUGUUGGAAUGAAUCGAGUGAGUUAAUUAGUCAUUUAUAAAGUUGGUUGAUUAGAUUUUUUUGUUUUUUAAUGAAUCUGAUGUUUUUUAAACAAAUUAAUUAAAUGAAUAAUUGAGUAAAUCAGUCAUAAAGACAGGGACUUGCUUUCUUCCUCCUGGUGGUUUUAGUUUCAUAUUUUUCCAUGACAGGCUUAGAUCAGCCAAAAUCAAUAUAAAUCACACACUGCAAAAUAUUGUCAUCAAAAAUACCCCUGAAAAUAUGGAUUUUGAUAUACAAAUAAUCUAGAUAAUGAUAUCGCACACUCCUAGCUAAUAAUGUUUUGAAAAUAUGGUAGCUCUUUGUAAUAGUACUGAAUGGUCGAGGAUUUUGCAGCUCUAUAUAAUUUCUCUUGAACUAUUAGCCAUUAUGUAUCUAAAACAGGCAAAUAAAAUCUUUUUAUUAUUAUUAUGUAAUGCUUGCAGUAUCACUUUGAGAUUUGGACUGGGUAAACAUCCAAUAAAACAAUACAAAA